AUUUAUUAGCCAUCACAUUCAGUUACUUACCAACCUACACAAAGUACGUACACAAGCACAAAAGUUGGAAUCUUUUAGUCACCAAAUCAAUCAGCAAAAGUCGCAAUCAGGGUGUGCAAAUGUGCAAUUGCCCAAUCCACAGACGGCCAUGCAAAAUUCCCCCCCCCCCUCGCUUUGCAUGCUUAAAUCUCGCUAUCCAUCGCCAUGGAUGGAUGAUUCAACCGCAAAAGCAACCUAGUUAGUACAAGGCAGCACAUGCGCUGCUAUUAGUAGCAGCUGCUAGGUGUCCUGCUAUUUUGUUGCCCUGCUUCCUCUAAUCUUCCUCUUCUUCUUCUCCUUCAAUCGUGUCGUGUCGUCUCCUUGUUCGGUUCUUUGGUGCAGGAAGCAAUGGCGAUUCUUCGUGUGUCCGUGAUGCGGCUGGUUGUUGCGGCCAUGGCUGUUGCAGCUGGUGUUCUCUUCUUCUCCGGCGCCGGCGAGGCGCGCGUGCUCCUCACCCUCGACGACUUCGGCGCCGUCGGCGACGGCAUUACCAACGACACGCAGGCCUUCUUGGACGCCUGGAACGCCGCCUGCGCCUCGACGGAGCCGGCCGUCCUCGCCGUGCCGGCCGGGAAGACGUACCAGAUCUGGCCGGUGCGGCUCGCCGGGCCCUGCAAGAAGAAGCUCAAGCUCAUGAUUUCCGGGACGAUCGCGGCGCCGGCGAGCCCCGACGAGUGGGCGGGGCGCGACCCGACGAAGUGGCUCUACGUCUUCCGCGUCGACGACCUGUCCGUCUCCGGCGGCGGCACCAUCGACGGCAUGGGCGCCGAGUGGUGGGCGCGCUCCUGCAAGCGCAAGAAGACCAAGCCUUGCAGCACGGUGUCUGCUCCCAAGGCGCUGCAGUUCGAGGAGUGCAGGCGGGUGAGCGUGCAGGGGAUCACGAUGCAGAACGGGCCGCAGUUCCACCUGAUGUUCACCCGGUGCACGGACGUCAAGGCAAGCUUCCUCCGCGUCGUGGCGCCGGAGAGCAGCCCGAACACCGACGGGAUCCACCUCAACGACACCACCCAUGCCCAGAUCAUGGACAACCUCAUCUCCACAGGAGAUGAUUGCGUGUCAAUGGUUGGCAAUUGCUCUGACGUCCGAGUGAAGGACAUAUCAUGUGGGCCUGGACAUGGCAUCAGUAUCGGAAGCUUAGGCAAGAACCGGACCACUGACAGAAUAGAGAACGUGAGGGUGGACACCUGCUUGCUGACAAACACAACCAACGGUGUACGGAUCAAGAGUUGGCAGGGAGGGAUGGGGUAUGCUCACAACCUGAGGUUCGAGGGCAUCGUGAUGAAGAACGUCUCCAAUCCAAUCAUCAUCGAUCAGUACUACUGUGACCAACCAACACCCUGUGCAAACCAGACGCAGGCGGUGGAGGUGCGCAAGAUCGAGUUCGCGGGCAUCCGGGGCACGUCGGCGACGGAGCAGGCGAUCAAGCUGGCGUGCAGCGACGCCGUGCCGUGCCGGGAUCUGGAGCUGAGGAACGUCAACCUGACCAUGGUGGGCGGCGGCGCGGCGUCGGCGUUCUGCCACAGGGCGUCCGGGAAGGCGGCCGGCGCCGUCGUGCCGGCGUCCUGCCUCGCCAAGGCGCCCCACAGGAUGCUCGGCGACGCCACGCCGGCGGCCAGAGUCGGUUCUUGAUCGCCGCCGGCAAUGCCCGAUCCUGGCAACGAUCACCGGAAAAAAGCUGAAGUAUAAAUACCGUACACGUAGGUGUAGAAACUGUUGCCGUAUUUGGGAGAGUGUAUGAGUACAGAGAGUUGUAAGCUGUAUACGACGUUUGUGUCAAGAAUUUUUUAGAGGGCAUUAUGUGAAGUUAAAAUGGAUACAAAAAAACAUAAUUUUACCGGAGUUUCUGCUACUAGCAGUGAUGGGCCGAUGGCCCAAUUA